CCUCUGUGUUCAUUCCAGACUCACUCAGAAUCAGAUCAUCACAAAUAUCCCCUUCGAGCUGAUACCUGAGGGAAACCAGAAUUUCGGACAGGUAAUCCGGAUAGCAGCUCUUCAACCUGCUAGACGUGAGAAACAGAAAUGUCCAGUCCACUAGAGCGGGUUGUAGCCCAGAAGAAGGAGGCCAUUGAAGCCCUAAUGGAGAUGUUUGAGAGAGGAGCCGAGGUGCUGGCCAGCGCUGUUGGGGAGCUGUGUCCUCUUUUUGAAGCUUCUGCUCCAGUUUUGAGGCUGGUCUUGGACAAUGUGGAAAGCAAGGAGGUCACGUAUGUCAAAGAUCAGUUUCUAGUUGUGAGGAGCAAACUGGAUGUCCUAUCAUCUGAAAUAGAGGACAUCAACUGCGAGAUUAAAAAGGGCCGGUUGGAUUCUCAGUUCUUCACUGUUGAGGAAAAUAUAUGCAGCCAGUUUAGAAAAUACAUAGACAUUCUGGAGGCUAAACCUGAGUAUAAAGAGGUCAGAAAACGCUUGUUCUUGCAGCAUUUCCCCAAAACAAGAGGAGAGAAGAAUCUCUACAUGCUUUAUGAUGCUGUGAUGGGGAACAGCACAUUUGGGGAGCCAAUCCUGGAUGUUGUGGAACAAUACGAGGCCAGAAACAGAAGGGUCCUGGAAGACUUCUGCGUCAGGCUGAAGGAGCUGCUCUGUUUGGGAAUCAUCGCUCUGCUGGGAUAUUGUUUCCUUACUCAGGGUGAGGAAUCAGAGCAGGAGAAGAUUCAAGAGUGGAGCACGAAGAUCCAAGAAAUUGAGAUGAAAAUGAAGGAAACGAUAGAGAAAUGUGUGCAUUCGUUUCCAGAGCAAGCUGAACUGGACAUCAAGAGGCUUGUGAAGGAGAAAGAAGAUGGGAACCUUCAGGAAACGGCCCAGGAACUGCUGGACUUCCUGGUGAAGAAGUACGACUGGGUGAGCUGGUCCAUCAGAGCCAUUAGUAACUUGGGUAAAAUUAGCAACUUGAGAGCUGGACAAAACUUUCAGUGUGUGGCCGGACAGAAUUAUUUUGAAAUAUCUGAAGGAAAUGACACCAACCUGGUGAUCUCGUUCAGCAGCAACCCUCAGCCUGUGCCCAACGAGAGUGUUAAACAGACGAUAGAAGGUCCUGCGAGGAAGAGAGACGCCAAAGCUGUUGUGGAGCUUCUGGAGAAGGAGUUAGCUGGGUUUCUGGUUCAUGCCAUAAGUCGACACAAGGACAGCUUUACUCUGUCGAGUUUUCCUGAAGAAUGUCACUACUGGGAGAAACAUAAGUACAUGAAUGUGUGUGUGCAUUCAGAGUAGAUUUAAAUGGUUAAACAGGAUCGUUAUCACACUAAAUAUAAAAAACUAGUAAAACUGCACUUACUUAUUUAUCCAAAAUCUAUGUCUUAAAAACAGUAUUUAUAUGACAUUGUUCAUUAUCAGCUUACUGUCUCUAACAAACAGUAAUUGCAUUUAUUGUUUUUUUUUCUAAACUGAAACCAAAGUGAUCUUGUUCAGACUAACCACUAGUUUAACUAACCAGGCCAUCUGUGUAUGUGCUUUCAUAAGCAAUUAUACCCAAUUCAUAUUAUUUUAUGUUACAAAGCUUAAUGUAUCGGUCUUAAAUCAUGCCUUAAAACCAGGGAUUCUCAACUAGAGAGCAUCAGCAAAUUUGCAAGUGGUCCUGAAAAAAAAAAAGAAUAAAAAUGAUCUGCAGUAAGACAAAACAAGCAUUAAAUAAACUCAAGUAAAAAAAAAAAUAAACAGCUGUUUGGAAUGACCACUGAAAAAAAUGGAUAUAUUAAAGAAUAUUUUGUCUACACCUGGGAAACUCAUCUGCAUGGAAAUGUGCAUAAUAUAUUGGAAAUGGGACUCUGAAAAUAGCAUAAAAUUGUACCUCUUAAAAUGGGAUAAAAUAUACAUUUAGAAAUGGAGUAAAAAUAUUUUAAAGCCAAUCCUUAUCCAGAAAAUAACAAACAACAGGAAAGGUUUAGACGCUUACUAAUGUUGUUGUGUGGGAACUUGAAGACAAAAAGGUUGAGAACCACUGCUUUAAACAAUAUCAUGAAUAAAUAAAUGUUUAACACAAAUGUUGAAAGUAGGACAAAUGGCUUUUGGACCAAGUACACUGUAUUUUACUGGUGCCAGGACUGGCUAGUUGGCCUUUGUGAGAAUGACCUACUUGCAUACUAUGAAAAGAGAAAAUAAACACAUCUCAGUCCAAAUGUCUCGUCUCAGAAACCCAUACGAACCAAGCUUUCAGUAAAAGUAAAACAAGGACCUUUGUAAAUGUUCGCAAGAAAUUUCAAUAUAUGACACCCAUUGCGAUGAUAUACCACCCAAAGCCACAUUUAAUUAAAUUACUGUUUUUGUACACAAGUCAGCAUUUUCUAGCCAAGGGCUGCAGAAACAUGGUGAGUAACGUUUCACUUUGUUAAUAUAAAGCCAAUGAGCUCCGAAGUGCUGUGAUCAGCUCUCUGGAUCCAGUCAUUAAAACCACUGAGGUGCUGAGUGAAGGAAUAAUCCAUCAUUUGACACUCAGGAGAGAGGAUCCAUUUCCAUUGUAUUGUGUUCCAUUGUAUGUGUGAGUUAAUUUGUGAGUUAAUGCAAAAAACCUGAUUGUAAAUGCUUACUGUUUAAAGCUAUACUGAAAACCAAAGGGAAUUAAAAUAAUAUAGAAUAAACCAUUAUUAGAGGCCUAUUAUGACACUCUGAUGCAAGAUCUUUAAAAGCCAUUUAUAACCAUUCUGUGACCUUACAACCAAACUACCAUGGGUGAUGACCUUUGAACCCUACACACAUAAUCCAAUAUGACUGUCCUCUUUACGUCAAUAAAUCUUUGAUUUAUGACAAUAUAAACCUCUUUUAUUUUAAAUUGUUUAAUGCAGGAAAUCCAGACAGGUACAAAUAUACAAACAAAUAAAACAUUUUUGAUAGGUUUAAAAAAAAUGUAAAUGGUUUAAAAAGGGCAUUUCUAGCCUUCAAACUGCCACUGACAUUACCAAAUCAACCCUCUCUCAAAAAACAUCAUUCUGAAAAAUGCCACAAAGAUUAGAAAUAAUCUUUUCUUGUUCCAGAGUAAAAAGAACCAUUAUUUCAUCCAUGUUUUCCCUUAGGAAGGUGGCCAGCAUCUUAUUAAAAAUACAAGGUGGAUUAUUUGAAGUUUCUGAAGCAGUUGUUCAUGCUCUUGUUUCAGAGUCUGAAUGGAAAUGCAAGGCUCUGUCUGUAUUCAUUAGCGGUUGAGGCUUCUGUCCUGGUUAGAGCUACAGUAUUGAUCAUGUGGCUUCCAUCUCUGAACCUUAAAACUGUCUGUUAUUAGACCAAAACAAAGAUCUAUCAUCCCAGUUUGACCUAGCGACAUGUUUUUUCUGGACAACUUUUAAAUAAAGGCAAAUGAAACCACAACCAUCUCCAGGAAAGGGCAUCAGUCAAUAUCAAUAUUUAAUAAAUAAAUGAGUGAUUUUAUGAAUCUCAGCAUCACAGUAGUGCCGAGGCGGUCCAUCAGUCCCAGGAUACCUCACUUUGGCUGCAUCUGCCAAUCACAGCCUGAGCUAAUGACAUUACCUUUUCGUCAGAGUGGACCAUCGACCAGCUUCCUGGCCUUAAGUGGCCUGAUCUGAUAAAAAGCAUUAAAACAUUUGUUCUGUGACACACACCAGCUCACCCUCAGUCUCUGCACUGGAUUCACCCUUCUGAUGUCUUAUUGUGCUUAGAAAACCAUUGCGAAAAGACAACUCUUAACAAAAUGAGUAUAUAUGAUGAUGCAAAUAAAAAAGCAUUUUAGCAUAACAUCUCAAUCAUGAUGAUCUGAAAUGAAAAAGCAUAAUAACUCAAAACUGCAUCAAACAGAACUGUAACAAAAGCUAUAUCCAUUAUUGAUUAUCAGCGACUAUUCACUGUUCUUGCCCAGGAAACCAUCAUUAAAUAUUCAUGAGAUUAUGACCA